UAGUUUACGCUACUUAAAUAUUUUGAAAAAGGCUUGUAAAUAAGAUAGUAUGACUAAACUUUUUAUUCCGAAUUCUUUAAAAUUUUUAAAUUGGAAGUGGCCUAAAUAAAUUUUAAUGGAAACAUUUUACUUGUUGCGCGGCAGCCUAUGAUAACAACAAUGGAAACAAGUCUUGUUGAGGAAGAUGUAUGUUCUGAGCAUUUAAGUGAUAAAGAAAUCGAGGAAAAACAAAGAAAUAAAGAUGAUGACGGUGGCGAUGUUAAGAUAUUCCAGUUUAGUUUUCGUAAACUAUGGGCAUUUACUGGACCAGGAUUUCUUAUGAGUAUUGCAUACUUGGAUCCAGGAAACAUUGAAUCUGACUUAAAACAAGGCGCUGUGGCACAAUAUAAACUUUUAUGGGUACUUUUGAUGUCAACAUGUAUGGGAUUGCUUAUGCAGGUAUUAGCAGCUAGAUUGGGAACAGUUUCUGGGAAACAUUUAGCAGAGCUAUGUUAUGAAAAUUAUCCAACAAUACCACGCAUUAUUUUAUGGGUGAUGGUUGAGAUAGCAAUUAUUGCUUCUGAUAUGCAGGAGGUUAUUGGUUCUGCAAUUGCUUGGUAUUUACUAUCUAAUGGAAAGAUUCCAUUGUAUGCUGGUGUGCUAAUAACAAUUAUGGAUACAUUUGCAUUUUUAUUUUUGGACAAAUAUGGUUUUCGCAAACUUGAAGCUUUUUUUGGUUUACUGAUCACAAUAAUGGCACUUGCAUUUGGAUUUGAAUAUGUCAUAGCUGCACCGAAACAGGACCAGGUUCUUAAGGGAAUGUUUGUUCCAGGUUGCAGUGAGUGUAGCUCGAGUGCAAUUGUGCAGGCAGUUGGAAUUGUUGGUGCAGUUAUUAUGCCUCACAACUUCUAUCUUCAUAGUGCUCUUGUUAAGACUCGUAAUAUAAAUGUGAAAGAUAAACAUGCUGUUAAGGAAGCAAACUGUUACUAUGCUAUUGAGUGUGCUGUUGCAUUAACAGUUUCAUUCAUAAUCAAUGUGUUUGUUGUUGGUGUGUUUGCAAUGGCAUUUUUUGGGAAAACUUAUGGUGAUGUCUAUAAAAAUUGCAUCAAGAAUAAAAACACGCAUGCUGAGCUUUUCAACAAAACGCCAGGAGAUAUUAUUGAUGCAAAUCUAUUCUUUGGUGGAAUCUUUUUGGGCUGUGAGUUUGGUGAUAUUGCUAUGUAUAUUUGGGCUAUCGGUUUGCUUGCUGCCGGUCAAAGUUCAACAAUGACUGGUACUUAUUCUGGACAGUUUGCUAUGGAGGGUUUUCUUAAAUUAACAUGGCCUCGGUGGAGACGUGUUUUGGUUACACGAAGCAUAGCAAUUGUGCCAGCUCUUACAGUAGCUUUUUCUCAAGGUAUUGAACGGUUGACAGGAAUGAAUGACUUGCUAAAUGUUCUUCAGAGUUUACAGUUACCUUUUGCUGUUCUUCCUCUUCUAACUUUUACAAGUAAUAAAAAAAUUAUGAAUUCUUUUGUUAAUUCAAAAUUCAUAAAUUGUAUAACAUGGCUAAUAGCACUUCUUAUCAUUUCAAUAAACUUGUUCUUUGCUGCAGAUUACCUUAAAAGCAUAGAAAAUAAGCUGUUAUUUAUUCCAGCUUCAAUCUUCAUAUUUUUUUGGGUAUCAUUUUAUCUACUUAUUGCUUAUUUUGCAACUGGUUUAAAGUUUUUCAACUCUCUUAAGUUUUUUAUAGUGCAUGACGAAAGCAGAUAUCUCAUACAAUAGUUUUUAGGAAAAACAAUAUUUUUCGACCUUUUGUUAUCGUUGCUUUUAUUUGUUGAACAUCUUCAUUGACAUUAUUUGAUGAAAACAGUUUAUAUUUGAAUGUAUAUAUAAACAAGGAUCACCUGUCAGCAUGCCUUGGAUCUUAUGAGAUCUUUAAAUUCUUCAAUACGUGGUACGAAGCAAAAAAAAACAUGGUAACAUGGCAUUAACUAAUAAUAAUAAUGAAAUCAUUUAA